ACCCCAAAAAGUGAACAUGAACUUCGACCUGGCAGCACGGUGCAAAACAACAACACGAUCUUGACAGAAACACGUUUUUUUUUCUGGAAAAAUUUAAGAUCAGUUUACAAUAACAAAUCCACGUUAUUUUUGAACAACAAUAUUGAAAAUUUUGAAUUGUAUAUACGUUUUGUAUACCAAUAAUAAAAAAUAAUGGAAGACACCAAUGACGAAAGACCAAAAGAGAAAAAUGCUUCAUCGUCUGUAGAGUCUGAUAAAGAAAAGAUGAGAUCACCUGCUUCUCUACCUGCGAGUCAAGAGAAAGUUUCAUCAUCAUCUGGCACCGGUACUUCGUCAGGAAAUACGGUUUCAAGCGCGGAUACUGUUCCUACACAGGAGAUCACAGAUUCACAAGGUGUUGAAUUGGAACCUGUGUGGGGGGUGUUGCACUCCAUGCAACCAGAGUUUUAUUCCUUGAAUUUAAGAGAUGAACAAUACACAUUUGGCCGGGCAAACUCAUGUGAUUAUUGCUUUGAUAUUAAGACCAUAAAAAGCACAAGCAGAUACAAACAUUAUAGCAAACGACACUUUGCUAUUAGAAGAGUGAAGUUAGAAGACGAAACUUACCAAGUCUUUAUAGAGGAUUUUGGAGGACAAAAUGGUGUUUAUGUUAAUGGAGUAAAAAUACCAUCCGGAAGGAAACAAACUAUUAAAACAUCUGAUGAAAUUGGGAUCGCGUACAAUAACUUCAACGUAUUUCUUUUUAUUGAUAAAGAAAAAGAUUCUGAUCUAGAAGUUUCUGAUGAGUUUUCAAAGAAGUACAUCACUCAUAAGUUGCUUGGCAAAGGCGCAUGUGGUCAAGUUUGGGAGGUGUGGGAAAGAUUCUGUGCUGGAAAAUUUGCUGUGAAGAUCAUCAGCAAGACAUAUUUGUCUGUAUCACCCUCAAGUAAAGAUGUUAUUAAAGAAGCAGAUAUACUAAGGAAGCUGAGUCACCCUUGUAUAAUAGGUGUACAUGAUGUGGUAGACCUGCCACAAAACUUGUACAUUGUUCUUGAGUUUGCAAAAGGUGGAGAAUUGUUUAAGAGGCUUGAAAAAGGUGGAAAACUGCCGGAGAAAAUUGCGAAGCUUUAUUUCUUCCAGAUGCUUUCAGCUGUAAAGUAUCUGCAUGACAAUGAGAUUACACACAGAGACCUAAAACCAGAAAAUAUUCUCCUAAUGUCAACGGAGGAGCCUUGUCUUAUAAAGAUUACUGAUUUUGGAAUGUCUAGACUAGUGGAGGAAAAGAGCCUUAUGAAAACACUCGCAGGGACACCUUCAUAUCUUGCCCCUGAAAUUAUAAAGCAGCAUAUGGGUCUUGGUAAAGGGUACACAAAACAAGUUGAUUUAUGGAGUCUUGGAGUGAUUCUGUAUGUUUGUCUCGUUGCAUUUCCACCUUUCAGUGCCGAACUGACCAAAACUGGACAAUCUAUCGAUGAACAAAUAUUGUCAGCAAAUUACAGUUUCCAGAACCAACCCUGGUCCACUGUAUCAAAUGAUGCCAAAAACCUUGUCUCCAGUCUUCUUGUACUUAAUGCAAAUGACAGGUUAACUACUAGCGCAGCUGUAGCACAUCCUUGGCUGCAAGAUUCAGAGAUGAUACGCACUGCUAAUUCACUUAUGUCGACAGUGGAAAUUAAGCCAUAUCAAGAGUUCAUGGGUUCACAUUCCGCCAGUUUUGACACAAGAAAAAUCUCGACUGAUAAUGACGACAGUGCUAGUGACUCCAGUCGACCAGCAUCAUUGGAAAUGUUGCCCCAAACCAUAAAUUUACCAAGUUCUGCAGAAAAGCGUUGCCAUACUCCGAAUUCUUCAGCUGAAGAACCCACUGCCAAACUUUCAAAAUGUUAAAAUGUUUUUGCUUUUUUAAAUAUUUUAACGUAUUGAUCAAAAAUUAAAGACUUUUUGUAAUUUAAUAGAGUGCUUCACUUGCAAUUGUCACUUUUUUUUAACACUACCCCAGCAUUUUUGUACUGACACACGAACACACACCCCUUAAAUCAAUCAUAUUAAACCUGUUUAGUUGUUUCACUUUUUUGCUGCAGUUUAUACCACAAAGUGACCUUAGGUUUUAAUAUUUUUUAAUUUUAUCUGUAAUCACUGCCAGUUACUGCCUUCUUUCAUCGUGACUUUUAACGUCGUGUGCGUAAUUUUAAAGUCAAUCGUCUUCGUUUUGUUUGUCUUAUUAUGAACAAAGUAUUUUGGCAUUCA